GAAGAGAGCUCAAAGCUAGAAACAAAUGGAAUGUCUACGUUGGAAUCUGUCUCCAUAGAGACCACGCAAGAUCAGGUUUUUCUUGCAGGUAAAGGGACCCAAGAAACAGAACCACAAAACAAGGAAUCAGUUGAAGAUACGAAAGUGAAAGAUGUCGAAGAAGAGAUGCAUCAGAAUGGCCUGGAGAGCUUGGUAUUAGAAACCGAUGAGAAGCUCCAGAAACAGACAUCAGUUGCAGAAGGUGCCGAGGCUGUUUGUGAAGCGGCAGAAGUGGAAGAGUUAUCUAUGAUUGGAGAUCAAAGUGUUGCGAGCAAAUUGAACACGAAAGAGUUUCUCAAUGAAGAGAAGCCCUCUGUGAUUGAUGAGAUUGCCUUUGUAUCUCCACGCUUGUACGAAACUGUUAGAACAGAGGAGGAGAAUAUUAUCAAUGAGACUCUGGAAGAAAUUGUUCCUGAAGAGGUAGUUGCAAAGCUCGAUCAAGACACUGGCAUGCAACAGGAGAUCGAGGCACAUGAGACUCUGAAUCUGGACCGUCGCAGUUUUGAUGAUGAAGAAGAAGUUACUAAUGAAGAAAAAGCAGAUCAAGUGAUCUCUAACUUUGGUUCGCAAGAAUCAAAUGUGAUUCAAGAAGCUGGUCUUGAAGUUUAUAAGGAAGGGGACAUGGAAUCAGGAAGAGAAGCGAGUCUCAAACGCAUGUCUAGAUGCAGAUCACUCCCAGUGAGCCACAAUACUAAAGUUAUGGAAGAUUCUCUGGUUCAACGGUUGGUUUCAGAGGUGUUACCCUCAAGAAACAAGAUGGGUUUAGAGAAAUCUAACAUGUAUGAGACUCUACUUGUUUCUUGCGAGGGAAGCAACAAAGUACAAGAAACUACUGAAGCGAUAACUGAAAGCAACAAGCACGCUGAAAUUCAGAUGCGUUCUCCUCGCUUGGGUAGUGACCUAAGAGUCGAAGAAAGAAGCGAUGAGUCCACAGAGAAAACUCUGUUAUUCUCUCAUGACAAGAUCGAGACAUACGAUGAAACCAUCAAUGUGGAAGAGAAAACUAUAAUGUUGAAUAGCAGUGAGUCUGAGCAAACAAGAGGCAUUGAGUUGUCUCUAGGGUUGUCGAUGAAACACAUGGAGACGUCGGAAGCAGAUGAUAGCUUCAAAGAAACCAAGGGCUCAAGAGAAAACUUGGAAGACAAGAAAGCUAACACAUCUGAGACUCCGGUUGUUGAUUGUGUAGGAGGAAGCAACAUAGCGCAAGUAACUACUGAAGCGAUAACAGAAAGCAGCAAGGAAUCUAGACUUGAGAUGCAAUCUCCUAGUUUUGGUAAUGAUCUGAGAAUUGAUGAAAGAAGCGACGAAUCAACGGAGAAAGCUCCGUUACUCUGUCAGGAUAAGACAGAGACAUACGAGGCAACAAUCGACGUGGAAGAGAAAACUGUGAUGCUGAAGAGAAGUGAGACUGAACAAACAAGAGGCAUUGAGUUGUCACUAGGGUUAUCGAUGAAACACAUGGAGAGAUCUGAAUCAGAUGAUAGCUAUGAAGAAACCAAGGGCUCAAGAGAAAACUUGCAGGACGAGAAAGCUAACACAACUGAGACUCCGGCUGUUUCUUGCGCAGGAAGCAACAAAGCGCAAGUAACUACUGAAGCGAUAACUGAAAGCAGCAAGGAGAGUAGACUUGAGAUGCGCUCUCCUAGCUUUGGUAAUGAUCUGAAAUAUGACGAAAGAAGCGACGAAUCAGCAGAGAAAACUCAGUUACUCUGUCAGGACAAGACAGAGACAUACGAGGCAGACGUGGAAGAGAAAACUGUGAUGCUGAAGAGAAGUGAGACUGAGAAAACAAGAGGCUUUGAGUUGUCUCUAGGGUUGUCGAUGAAACCCGGUGAGAGAUUUGAAGCAGAUGAUGGCUUCGAAGAAACCAAGGGCUCAGGAGACAACUUGUUGGACAAGAAAGCUUCGUUGGAUUCGAUGAAGGGCAGAGUCAGAAAACGGAGCAAAUCUUCGCUCUUGGGAACAUGCCUUUGUUGCGCCACUGCCAUGAAUUGA